AUGGAUAGAAAAUCUGCUAGAAUAAAAGCAGAGUUAGAAAGAUAUGGUUGGAAAGUUUCGAAGAAUUUUAAAUAUAGGAAGGGAAGACCCAUAAAAGUCUAUGACAAAUUGUCUGGUCUUCGCUACGAAAUGGAAUUGGAAACAGCACGCGCAAAUUAUCCAAACAGACUAGAGAGGUUAGAAGAAGAACGUCUUAUGGACAUGCCUUUCGAUGUUUCUGAACCGCAAGUUGAAGGACACGACGGCUUUGCCAGAUUCUAUUGGAAACAUGACGAACAAUUGCAUCCUUUGAGAAGGAAAAAAGGAAAAGGUGAAGACAAACAUGCUCCCAUGGAAAGAACAAGAUAUGCAUAUGAAAAGUACCGUGAAGUUAGAAGUC